AUGAACACAUCACCUCAACAAGAUCAGCCAUUAGACUCUGAGAAAGAAGACUGCAGGCAAUUUAAGGGAAUUCGGAUGAGGAAAUGGGGAAAAUGGGUGUCGGAAGUGAGAAUACCCAAUUCCCAAGCUAAAAUUUGUCUUGGCUCUUACGACACCGCUGAACAGGCAGCCCGUGCUUUCGACGCCGCCAUUUAUUGUCUGAGAAGACCUUACGCCAAUUUCAAUUUUCCGGACACCAUACCCGCAAUUCCGUCUGCUUCAUCGCUUUCCCGGCGGCAGAUUCAGCUUGCAGCGGCCAAAUACGAGGCCGAGAUUCUGCCCAAAUCGUCCUUAAUUUCGGAAACGGAGGCGUUGAUUGACAUUCAACAGAGUUCCGAGGAACUGGAUCUUGAAUUUCUUGAAUCUUUGUUCGAGGAUGAGAAUCGGUUCUUCAAUUCUGAGAAAUUCCCGGCACUUGACGCAUCGACGUCGGAAUCGACGCCAUUAACAGAGAUGCAGAGACCUGCAGAGUCGAUUAAAGUGACGAAAAUUUCCUGUCAGAAAUUUCGUAUGGGACGGUGUAGAUGCAAUCCAAGCUCUCUGGAGUGA